AUGAUGUCAACUCAGGGCACUGUCCAGUCGACGGCGCUGGCCGUCCAAGGGCGCGUACGUCGCCAACACCAGGACGGGCUCCAGAACAACGACGCCACCACCUGCAAACUGCUCGCCCAGAAGAACCGACUGCACAAAGCCUACGUCACUCGUCCCAUCGACGACAACAAAGCUGCUUUCUAUCGUGGUUGCCGCCUUGUGCGACAGCGUCUGCGGGAAAUGCAGGACGCCUGGACGGCUUGCAAGGCCGAUGAGAUCCAAGGGUAAGCGGACCGCGACGGAUAGAAUAACAUUUUCGCCGCAAUUAAAGCUGUCUACGGUUAGCCUAUCAAAGAAACGGCUCCUCUUCUCAGCGCAGACGGCACUACCCUACCCACAGAGAAGGCACAAGUCCUACAACGACGGGUCGAUCAUUUCAGAAGCGUACUCAAAUGUCCCUCCGCCGCCAUCAGUUGUCUACAUCAAAUGGAGAACAAUGCCCAUUUCGACCUCCCGCACUCAGUUCAGUUCAGUUCAGUUUAUUGAGGGAAAUAGGCGUUAGCCUUUGAGUACCCUAUUUGCAACGUAAUAAAUGUGUGGUAUGCAAAAAAUGUUCUAGGCUGAAAUAGUUCACACACGCUCAUAAUGGUAGUACAAAAAGAGAACGNCGUUCUCUUUUUGUACUACCAUUAUGAGCGUGUGUGAACUAUUUCAGCCUAGAACAUUUUUUGCAUACCACACAUUUAUUACGUUGCAAAUAGGGUACUCAAAGGCUAACGCCUAUUUCCCUCAAUAAACUGAACUGAACUGUCCGCGUGCCUCUCGUCGAGAGCUCCGGUCCAGCUCUGGAGAUUUUGCAGCAACGUUUUCGCGCAGGAUCUUCCUUUCCUGAACCGAUGUUGGUAUUCCGAUAUCAGGCCAUGAACUUCCAGGAAUUUGCUCAGUUCUCUGUUUAUGAUCCUUUCCAUAACUUAGCAGAGCAUGAAUGUCAAGCUUAUGAGCCUUUAAUUUGUCGUCACUGCCCUGCUACCUCCUUUGUGUAGCGGAGUAAUAUGCGCCAGCUUCCAAUCGAUAGGAAGUGUUCCAGUGUAAAUGACGUUUGAAAGAGCGUCGACAGAGUCACAGACAGCUCACUGGCAAGUUCCUUGAGAAGCUUGGGUGGAAUCUCGUCUGGUCCUGGCGACUUCGAUUCGUUCAAUGCCUCUAAUUGUCUUCGGACAAUGCCUUCUGAGAAGAGUAUAUCGCUGACGCUUGGAGUCGGCAGUUCAUCUGUGGAGGGAGGAAGGAACCUUGUCUCUUUUUGUAGACUGAUUGGAAGAUCUGUUAAAAAUACGCAGCUUCAUCCCUACUAUCAGCAAUCUCAACGCCAUCAGUAGUCCUUAUUAAUGGGAUUUGAUGCCUGUUUCUUGUACUUUGUCGGAGGUAACUGUACAGUAAUUUUGGGUUCUGCGUUGCCUUUUGUAGCUAGUUCUUCUCGAAUUCCCGUCGAUUCCUCAGGAUCAGGUUCCUCAUUUUGUUUGUCUGUGUCUUGUAGGUGUUAAAAUAUUCAACUUGCCCAGUGACACAGUGUUUUCUCCACAAUUUCUGCUUCCUGUUGAUUUUGUCCUUGAGGUUACUAUUUAGCCACCCAGGGCGUUUAUUCCGUAUUACACUAUUCAGUGGGCAGUGGUUGUUGAUAAGCAGCAGAAGGACAUUCUUGAACAGCUCCCAGUCAUCGUUGACAUUUCCCGUGAACAAUGAGCUCCAGUCGAAACCGGAUAAGUCUACCCUCAUCUGAUUGAAGUCGCGUCGCCAAACAUUCCGUCUUUUUUGGUCUGGAGAAUGCGAAAUGGAGAAUAACGAAUAAUCCCACAUAAGCACUACGUGAUCACUUCGGCCAAGAGGCGGCAUGGAGGUGAUCUCGUCUAUGCUGUCUGGUGUUUUCGAAAAAACCAGAUAAAGGCAGUUUGCCCUUUGUCCUUUACGUGUUCUCGAUGGGGACAUUACAUGUUGUGUGAGGGACGCCUUUAAUGUCUUGUUCAGCAGACGGUAAUCGAGUGACGAUUUUGGACCUGACACUUGGAGGGUAUUCCAGUUUGUUCCUGGAGCGUUGAAGUCAGCAAUGAUCAGGAUGUUAGGUAGACUGGAAAAUUUCUCCAACUGCUCCAAUAGUUGAGUGUCCGCGAUUUAAUCUGUCCUAGGUGGUCGGUAGACAGUGAGGACAUCGAGACACGGGGAACCGGUAGCCUUGAUGGUCAAACAAAUAGCUUCCAUGUCGCACGCAAACUUGGUGGUGUUUUCCGACACUGUCAGGCCUUCAUUUCCAUACACAACUAUACCACUGUCCUGACGAUGUUCCCUGUCCCUCCGAUAAAAUUGGUAUCCAGGCAAGGCUACUUCACUAUCGCUAAUAUUUCCGGACAGCCAGGUCCCAGUUUCUGCUAAAACGUCUGGAGACAGCUCGGCAAGGCAAAGUUUUAGCUCGUCUAGUUUCGAUAUGAGGCUUUGGACAUUCGUGUACAAGCACCUCAGUUUUGCACCAGCCGAAUUUCUCGUUACAUCUGUUACUGUUUCGAGCAUUACUCCGUUAUCUCGAACGCCAUGUUCUUUGGGCUGAUGGGUUCCAUUUAUAUGCGUUGCUUCAGUCAGAUCACUGGACGUUAUUCGCUUAUUUGUGUUGCCGCCUUGAGCAGGUGGUUCAACUAAGGUAUAUGUGCUAGCUGAGUUGCUGCCGUCGUUCUUAGUAUUACAGGCUGGUUCCACUUAAACGGCAUAUAUUUCCGAACUACCUUCCCCUUGAAGAUAGCCAGAUUGUGUUCGCCACCCUUCAGUCUUGAUUUUAAUUUCAAAACCAGUUCCCGGCGUUUCAGCCGUUCCGCUGGUGAAUGGUCCGGUUGAAAAAAACCUGUUUGUGUGUGUUUUUGAGGUCGGUUUUUUUAGAGAGCAUCAAUUUGAUAUGCUCUUUGUUCUCUAGCAUAAUUUUGAGCGGGCGCGGUGGUUGUGCUUCUGUCCUGUCUUCACUCCUUUUUCCUAUCCGGAAUGCUUUCAGAACUUUUAUUUCCAUGUCUGCCUGGAGUACCUGAUUUAGUAGACCAUGAAAAGAAGCAAGGUCCUCUGAGACACGGUCUUGAGGUCUGACUGCAUUCGAUUCCGACAAACCCUGAAUAACCAGACACUGCUGGCGAGCAUGGUCCUCCUUACUUUGUCUUUCCGGUGAAUUCGCUGCAUGUGGGCGAGGACGAUUUACGGAGUCGUCGCUUGGACGCACACUUUUGCUGUCUACCGACUGUCCGGAGCAGCCCAUAAAGUCUGGCUGUAACUUCAGACUCCUGUCAUGGCGUUUCCCUCUCCCCUCUACCCACGGGUUCAUGUCUUCGCAUUCAGAUACGUGCUCUGUAGUGCGCUCGGGGUGGUUGUCAGAACAAGAGGGCAACAAUAGACUGGAUGACCCAGGUAUAUCGUCUCCAGGCAGAAGAGAAUUCCCGUCACUUACAGCAAGAGGCUUAGACGAGAUAGCUUCUGCAACAGGUAAUUUUUGUGUGACAUCGCUUAAGACAUCAUGCGUGGGAAUCGAGUCUGACCUUAUCGGCGGCUUUGUUCUCGUUGUCCUGCUGUUCCUGGCGUCCGCGGUUUUGGCUACUGAGUUGCUACUCAUGAUUGAAGAUGUCCCCGAGGAGAUAUUUUUUGGCGUUUUUUUGCGUUUUACUAUUCGUUUUCGGGACUCUAACACUUCACACGUUCUGGUCGUCUAGGAUCUGUUUCACGAGCGUCCUUAAAUCAGCAAGCUCCUUUUCGAGUUGGUAUACUUUGAUUUGGAUACCUGCGAAACCAUCAGGACCGUGUAGCAGCUCUUCAGCUGGAAAUCUCCCGCAUCAGACGCGAUCCAUGCUGAGAUCUAAAAGCACGGUGGCCCCCAAAUCAAGGAUCACCUGAUACGGUCCUCCAGGAGAUGUGGCGUCAAGGACAAGUCCCUCAGGAUUUCAAAGACGGCACAAAAGGAUCCGCCAAACCUGCGGCAACCACUGAAACAUUGCCCCGCUGAACAUCGCCGGAAGGAUCGUCGUUCGCGUCCUCCUUAACCGCCUGAACCACCAUAUGGAACAGAGUCUGCAGCCGAAAAGCCAGUACGGCUUCCGCCGUCAUCGUGGGACCACCUAUAUGAUCUUCGCCGCCCGCCAACUGCAGGAAAAGUGUCAGGAGAUGCGGACCCAUCUGUACCCUAACUUCGUGGAUCUGACGAAAUCCUUCGACACAGUGAAUCGCGGAGGACUGUGGAAAGUCAAAUAG